AAGCUUUGGCUUGACGCGUCUCGCUCGACUACGCAGUCGGUCGGGUCCUCACUCACCACAGGCGAGGCAGCGAGAGCGAGGCGCGAUGCGUGCGAGGUAGCAGCGGUGCCGAGUGAUAGCCACGAGAGCUUGAGAUGGCAAGCAACGGCGUCGCCGCGUUCGAGUCGGCCUACGCAGCUCGUCAGGCUCCUCGAGGGUACGCUGCCCCCGUCAAGGUGCAGCACUCGGCCUCCUCGAGCAUGUCCUCGACGGCAGAGACGAUAGACACGCCCAUCGACUAUCAAGCGCUGCAACCCCCUUCAGAGUACGGUCUGACGAUCAAGCAGACUGAUGAGCAGGCCCAGUACCUAGAUGACACGCACAGACAGCUCGACAGCGGCGCGAACACGCCUCAAGCAUAUCCAACUCGGCCCUAUGGCGGCGACAGCGAGCGCACUUUCGCGUACCCUCGCCCACAAGCAUCAGACAACACUCUCCUCAUCGCCGGCAGGGCCCGCAAUCUCAGCUUGAACGAUGGCGAUCAGACUCCCACCAUGGUCGGGUCAGGCCCCGCAGCAUCUCUGCAGGCUCUCCAGCGUCAGGCAAUCGGUCUUAUCAACGAGAGCGAGUCUGAAGCGCCGCCCACAACGGCUUCCGCCCUGCUCGCGCAUGUACUGUCACUGCGCAAGCCUGCUGCUCAGCCGAUGACGCCCCAGAUGGGAAGGUCGCACUCUGCUGGCGUCGCCGUCAACGGCGCUUCCAAAGAGACGGUCAAUGACCUCGCGCCACGGUCGCUCGCCAUGGGUUCAUCUAUGGAACAGGCUUCUCAUUCUCGCAACAUAUCUGCAAUCUCGGGGACAUCGGCUCAGUCGAUUGACGAAGACAAUGAACGCCGAGCGCGGCCUGCUUUACCACGCGACCGCGCCAAACCCGUCACGGGGCUCGAGACAGUCGAUCUUAGUCAUUCGAGAAUAGCAGAGGUGCCGGCAGAAGUCAUCGACGUGCUCGAGGGAACAGUACAGCGACUCGCGCUUGGCUACAACUACCUGACCGCGCUACCGGCUUGCUUUGUCUCGCUCGGCACGAGCUUGCGAUAUCUCAAUGUCAGAGUCAACAUGCUCUCCGUGUUUCCUGCGGUGCUGUGCGAGAUGCCUUCGCUCGAGAUCCUGGACGUGAGCCGCAACAGGAUACGGAAACUGCCGAGCAACUGCGGCUCGCUGAGACACCUCAAAGUGUUUUCAAUCUCAAAGAACAAGAUCAAGCGACUUCCUGCCUACUUUGCAGAGAUGAGCCAAUUGCGCGUGCUCAAAUGCGACCACAACCCGAUCGAAUGGCCGCCUGCAGAGAUCACAGAGAUACCCAAUACUUCGUCGAAUAGCGAUGCCAGCAGACCCACGACGAGUGAAGCCGUCAAGCUGGACGAAGCAGAGACGAUGCAAAAGUGGUUGGCAGCAUUGCAGUCUUGGAUCCGUGAUCAUGCCUUCGAAGCGCGCCCUUUGAGCGCAUCAGGCAUGGCCAAUCCUUACGGCCACAGUCGAAGCGAUUCAAGCCUGUCGGGUCAAAUGCUGCCACCCUCGAGCUAUCAUACGCGCAACACCUCCCCCAGGCGACCGGGUCAUCAGGCCAGUGGAUCUGUUGGCUAUCCAGCACCACCGCACAGCGCCCGAUCUACAGAUAACGCAUCGGCAGAUCACGCUCGGUUCAGUCACGGUCGCAACGCCUCGCAGUCGAUUGCAGACGCACAUGAGCGCGGUAGACCUAGCUUGCAGUCUAAAAAGAGUCUGCCGGAUCUGCGUCAAGAUCACGCGCAAAUCAUUGACGAUCGAAGCAUGGGAAAGCUCAACGGCUCUGCUCACGACUAUGAACGCGAGCGACGCAACGGUCAUCCGCCGGAUCUCGCGUCAAUGCUCCGUGAGGAUCCUCAUGCGCGAGCCGGUGAGCCUUCUACCCAGAGAAAAGUCCGCCACGAUAGAGAUGGCAACGAUCACCUGGCUGGCGAUCGCAGUAGUGGGAUCUACUUCCGCAGACUGUCCAUGCUUCCGCCGUCGAGCAUCUCGAAGGAGGUUUCGCCUGCUUUGCUGGCAGCAAUGGACUCGGUCCGCGGUUUGCUCUUUGCGCUUUCGCAGGUCUAUUCCGCCAUUCGGCAGUUCAUCGUCUUUGCUGCUCAUGACAAGAUGCCGGGCGCAAUGUCGAAGAUCAUGGCCACGGCGGACAGCUCCAUGAGCAGUCUUAUCAAUGCGCUCGAUCGCUUUGACUCUGCUUCUCGGCGAGCUCCACCGGGCGUGCUGCUGCUCAUUGAAGUCUUUCAGGCCUGUCAAGCCAAUGUCACCGCGUUCAGGACACUCGUCAGUGCGCUUGCGGUGCAGUCGAAGGUGCUGACAUCCGCUGCCGAUGUGCGCUACACUCGCACGUUACUGCUGAUGCUUUACGGCGCGACUGGCGAAGUAUCUCAGUCUUGGCAAGCCUUGACGCCCUUUGCAAGGCAGAUUAAUGUCCAAUUGCAGCAGACGGCUCGACCGCCGAACAUACGCAAGGGCUCGACCGGCCAUCACGAAAUCGACGAGCUGGGCGAGCAGGCGACUCGUCCCGCCUUGCGCAACAGGCGCCAUGCUGGCUCCUUCAAUGUCGGUGACGUACGUCAAGGCGGUACACUGCCGAUGUCUUCGGCCAUGCCGCCUGGUACAACCUUGAGCGGACUGCCCAGCUCAGCAAUCGCAGAGGAUCCCGCCGAGGCCGUCAUCGGACAUUCGCGCGGGCAACCUCUGGCAACACCAUCAACUUCGAGUGGUGCUCUCCGCGACAUUUUUUCACAUCUGAAUGACAUGCCGCCAACGCCCGUGACAUCGCAUCCCCCUCAGACCUACUUUCAGUCGCCAAGCUCAUUCGGACCGCCUCCUCGCGGAAUGAGCAGUCGAAGCGGCAGUCAGCAUGAGCUCAAUACGCCCGAGUCAAAGUCUGCGGCUAUGCGAGCACCACAGUCUGGCGGGCCUAUGAGUAUUGACGAGGACUUCUUGAACAUGGUCGAUGCGACGACUGCCAUUGCGCAUACGGUCUGCGAUAUGCUACUGCGCACUCUUGGCGAGGAAGAGUCUCAGCGGCCGCAACGCCGUGUUACUGAGCUGAUGACAAUGUGCAAGAGUGGUCACGAGGCUACGCGACGCCUUCGCGCAAGUCUUGACGUCGUCCGCAAUCCUGACGAUGGCUAUGCCAGCAGCAAAUGGCGGUUCGUCGUAAUCAGUGCUGGCUCGUCAGAAUCGAUCAAGAUUUGGGAGGACUGCAACGUCUUUGUCAAGACGGUCAUCUCGAUUGCAUCACUGGCGCGUACAACAUCGCAAGAGCAGCCGUUCCCUCGUAAUGUUCGCGAGGGGCUCGGUCAGCUAGCCAAGACGACAAGCGAGCUUGCUACGCUGCUGCAUGUGAGCAGCUUCAAGGAGCGGCGGCAAGAGAUGCGCAGUCCUCAUGCAGUCCGACAAGAUUCAUGAAGGCUCGAUGUGCAAGCAAGGCGGUCUACAUCGGAUCUAGUUGUACAAUCGAGAACAAGUGCAAAUUAUUGUCGCCUGC